CCCGUGCUGAGUGAUCCACAAGCAACUUCAGCUUAGAUUUUUUCUCUCACAUCCUUUCCCCUGCAUCCAAACAAGCUGAGAAAUUCAAGAAACAGAAUGAUUUUAUGAGAGGAAAAAACGAUCGUGUAUUGAAUGCUAAUUGAUUCCGCGGAGUUCCAAUAUAGGUGAGAGAUAGUGUAGUAAUGGCGGAGCCCGGAAGUAACGCAGAAGGCGAAAUCGAGCUUGUGUUGGGAGAUGAAAGCAUGCGGAUCGGCGAUUGUGGAGAUUCGUUGCGGUCAAACGCGUCGUUCCUCAGCGAACUGAAUCUUCUUGUGGUGUUUCUUUCGAUGUUCGCGUUAUCCGAUGAAGAGUGUAUGGAUUUCGACGGGGAAGAGAAGAAAAGCGCCGGAGAACACGAGGCAAAGGCUGCUUCUGUAACAAAAUUACAACCAAAAAGACGAGAAAUCAAUGAUGGAAAGCCUCUGGGCCGACGACGAUCACAAAGGUUCCAAACAACGCCUAAAGAUUUCAGGCAUUGCAGAAGAAUGUAAAUGUUAAUGGAUGGGAAUGGAGGGUUGAAUAUACACAAGGUGUACCAACGAACUAAGUGUAAACGAGUAAAGUAUAUCAGUGGUGAAAGUAAGACUCUUGAAUUUGAGUGCAUGACAUAUAGGUGAAAUGUGAUACCAGAUGAGAGAUGAUUGUCUCUUAUUAUGUAACAAAAAUUAAAAUGUAUGUAUACUCAUCAGAUGUAAAUAAUAUACACUCUUGUAUGGUUAUCAGGAUCAUAAAGGAAACCACAGAGG